AUGCAUGCGCAACCCAACGGCCCGCACGAGCUCUGCGGCAAGCUGCCCGGCGCCAACAUCCUUGACGCCACGCCUGAAAACAUCAACGACUAUUGCUGCGGCUCGUGGGACUUGGUCGUCCGGGACGUCGAGGCAACGCUCCCAGCGGCGCUCGCGUGCGAGGUGCUGGCGGAGCUGGCGAGACAGCGGGUCCCAGAGGCUUUUGCGCUGCGUCUCGAGCUCGUCUGUCUCAAGAAGAUCGCCUACUACCUGUUUGCGCAGGGCAGCUCGCUCGAGCGACAGCUUGCCCAGCUCGCCACCUUUUGGCACGGCGAGCAUCUCGGCGGCGCAGAAGGCGCUGCGUGCGGCUACUGGCGCCAUUCGGCUCGACUCACCGAGGUAAGCGACGCGCGCGUGCAGUGCUCCGGCGCCGUCUCCGCCACGGCUGACGCGAGAGCGCUCGUCAAGCACCUCUGCUGUCUGCCUCGCCACUCGUCCAAGGGGUGCGGCGCCCUGCUCCUCGAGCUCCCGCGCUCGCUGCACUGCUGGCGCCUGGUAGAGCGGGCGUGUGCCGCCGCCUCAGCUCCGCCGCCAACCGCCGCCGACGAGCCGCCACCGGCCGCCGUGGCUGGGCGGUGGCACAGCCGCCUUCGAGAGUCGCUCGGUGUGCAGCUGUGGCCGCCCGAAGCGGCGGCGGUCGUGCGCGCCAGCCUGCUCUGCCGUGGCGCAGACAAGGCGCUUCGCGCCGCCGUCGCCGCGUCGGGAUGGCCCGCACACAUCGCGGACCGGAGGGGCGCGGUGCGCGAGAAGGCGGCCGACAACAAGCUGUGCAGCGGCUGCGGCGCGCAGUUCUCCGCGCUGUGGCCGGUGUACGGCAAGCACGGCUGCGACGAGGAGCUUCUCGCGCUGCUGUGGACGCACGGCGCGCCGCCCGGGAUCGAGGUGAGGCACGUCAAGAAGGGGGAAGCGAAGGGCGCGGCACUGCGAGAGGGCUUGCGGCCCGGGGACACGGCGCUGCUCGUCGACGACAGCAUCGCCGAGCUGGUCCAUCCGAGCGUGACCGGCGACUGCGGGGCGGAGGCGGGCGAGGAAUCCUAUCGCUAUAUUUAA